GGGUCAGCGAGUGUCGUCCCCCUACUACCUUCCACGUUCCCAAUCAUAACAACGAGUGAUCAUAGUGAGAACGGUGAAAACAAACUCACUCUGAUAAUGUCGGAUAAGGAGCUCAAAGCGGGCCACCCUCCAGCUGUCAAAGCUGGUGGGAUGAGGAUCACACAGCACAAGACGACCAAGACUUCGGACGUCAAGCUCAACGACGAAGAGAUCAACAACCCACUGAAGAUCCCACAGCCCACUGAAAAGACAGUGUCGAUAUCUGGAGCGCCGGUACGCGGAAAUCAGGAUUUCCCGGCGCAGGCGAUUCAGAGCUUUCAUCAGAAGCCGCAACCGAGCCACGAGCUGCAGCACACCACCCGUGCCAACAUCAUCCAACAACCCAAGAAGUGAACUGUAGCCUAGCAUCGGAUUUGAAAAAAAACCCCAAAAAAAUACAAAACAUCUUAACCAUACAGAAAACCGACUCUCAAACAUUCCAGGAAAAAGUAAAUUUUAACAUGUUAACGCAGUACAGUAAGCUUUAUAUAUAACACUACCUUUUACAUAUAUUAUAUUGUUUAUAUAUUAUAUGUAAUUUAUUAAAAAGUAUAUUACACAUAGGGUUUAUUCAUAAAGCAAUCAUACAGUUUACGUAUAUAUAUAUUUUUUAUUAAGUAAACGGGGUAAAUUUAAUUGGGAAAGACCUUUUUACAGUUUCGCUUGUUAUUUUUCAAGAUCCUAAAUUUUAGAGACACUAUUGUUCUAUGCUUUCAAUUAGCUAUACAAGUUUAUAUUGAUUUUUUUCUUUGACGGUGGAAGUAUUUUAUAUUCUUUUUGUUUUUUAAUAUAAAAACAUAUUUGAUUCUGUAUUAAAUAUGUUGGCUAAUAAAAUAUUUUAAGUUUGUUUUAAUGUUAAGAUAUAUAUUCUUAAGUUGUUUUUU